AGAUCAUCAUAAAUAUAGCUAUUGAAGAGAAGUCGUCAAGGCCAAGCUUCGGCAACGAUGACGACUGUGGAUUUGGAUGCGGGUGGCAUCGCGUGUCAGCUGGAGGACGUCGACCACGACCUGGCUGGGUGCCUGGCACAGCUGCAGGGAGCUCACGCGGCAGUGAGGGCAUCGGUGGAGAAUGCCCGGGCGAAGAUCCGUCGCAUCAUCGAGGGAAUCCGAAACGCCGAAAAGGUGGCAGCAGAGGCGAGCGGGCGGCCAGCCUGUGACGAGGGCGACCCCACGGAGGCCAGUUCGCUCACGGAGAGGCUCUAUGACCUGGAGACGCUGAACCUCGACACCUGGCAGGAGCUUGGCACCGGUUAUUUCGGCACGGUGUACCGAGCCUUCGUGCAGGGCACCGAGGUGGCGAUCAAGGUGCUCACCGAGGACAAGGAGCAGGCCAUCUUGAAGGAGUACUGCCAGCUGAGAGAGCUACGCCAUGACAACAUCGUGGCAAUCCGAGACCUGGGACAGCUCAAGGAGGGCUGCAUCCCCCGCCUGGGCUUGGUUAAGCCGUUCAGGUUCCUGAUGAUGGAGCAUGUGGGCGUGAACCUGGCGACGUACGUGGCACGGCAGGAGGAGCGCUCGCCGCGGCUGCCACGUUCGCGCACCUGGGACAUCACGCGCCAGGUGGUCAGCGCCCUCAACUACCUGCACACGCUCGCCGAUCCCAUCGCCCACUGCGACCUCAAGCCCGACAACAUCCUGAUCGAUGAGCAUGUGCUGGACCUGCGGGUGAAGUUGGUGGACUUUGGGAUCUCAAAGAAGCGAGGAAACCUGUCUGAGCUUCAAGAGUUCACGCGCUGGUCAGCCCCCGAGCUCGUCGGCAAAGAUAUCGCGAGCGAUGUUGACCCCAUGAUGCCGUACAUCAAGGGGGACAUCUGGACCGUGGGGCUGCUCAUAUACUUCAUGCAAACAGGCCUGGAGCCGUACGGGAGCCGGACGGACAACGCGGUCAAAGAGGAAGCAAUCGAGGUUGCCCAGGCGCUGUACCAGGCGCUCCUCCAGUCCCCCGAGCUGCCCGAGGAUGUCCUGCUGCAGAUCCAGAUGCAGUGCCUGCAGCCGGAGGGAGAGCCUCGGCCUACAGCUAGGCAGCUCCUCGACACCUUCUUCAAAGACGGAAGGAAUCCUUACCUCAGCGAGGAAAAGAAGGCCGACUUUUUCACGUUCGGCUUCCUCAGAGACACCAAGAUCUUCGUGGCAGAUUCCGUCAUCGGCAACGUCGUGGAAGGGGAGAAUGGACACCGACCGACGCUCGGCUACCGGCCGCGCUACCUGUCAUGCGUCGUCGACAAAAAGAAACUGGAAGGCCCCACCCUCGAAUAUGAUGCAGCUGCCUAUCGGAAGAGGAGGCGGGAGUACGGGAAGAUGGUGAAGGAGAACAAGAUCUUCGACGGCCAAACGUACGCCCUGGUGGGCCUCACCACCAACCGCUGCGGCGCCAUGGAGACGCACGUCAUCUCUCUCCGGCUCAAGGAAACGAUGUACGUGCAUCACCGCGUCAUGCGGGAGAUGUGGAUGACCCUGGAGGAGAGGGAGAAGCUAAAGCAGCUGUCGUGCAAGAUGCAGGUGCACCCCUUCUACAGUACGUCACUGGGCGUGCACAUCGCCGUUCUCACAAACGAGGGCGGAGGAACGAAGAAAUUCAUCUUCACCAGGCGCUCCAACCGCACUGGAAUAGCGACUCCGUCCAUGUGGACGUGCGGGGCGGUGGAGACGCUGUCGGUGAACGACGUGGAGACGAAGGUCAAGGGUCGCAAGAAGAAGGAGAUCCGCAUGGUGCGGCUGCUGCGGACGGCUGCUCGGGGCCUGGAAGAGGAGCUCAACAUCGUCCUGACAAACGAAGAGCUGCACGCUAUCAACCUACACACGGUGUAUCUCAAGUUCGACACCCACGAGUGGGGGGUGUGCGGCUUCGUGGACCUCAGCGACUCGCGCAUCCAGCGCCAGCACCGGCUCAGCUUCGCCCAGGUUCGGGCGGGAUUCACGUCGGGAGCGAAGGACAAGUUCGAGCACGAGGAGGUGGUGGGCGUCGACUUCGACCUGGACUCCAUGGUGACCUUCGUGCGCCAGCACGCCGCCUUCUUUGCGAGCUCCACCAAGCUGGUGGUGGUGAAGACGCUGCAGGCGCACUUCCCCAUCGCGCGGCUCCUCUGCGAGUUCGACGCGGGCGAGGACGAGGCCUUGGGGCUGCAGUGCCACAGGGAAGGCGGCGAUGGUGGAGAUGGUGGAGAUGGCGGAGAUGGCGGCGAUGGUGGAGAUGGCGGCGAUGGUGGAGAUGGUGGAGAUGGUGGAGGCGAUGGUGGAGGCGGUGGCGAUGGUGGAGGCGGUGAUGGCAGCGGCGAUGGUGGCUUUGGCGGCGGUGAUGGUGGCGAUGGCGGCGGUGAUGGUGGCGAUGGUGGAGGUGGUGAUGGCGAUGGCGGCGGUGAUGGUGGCUUUGGCGGCGGUGAUGGUGGCGAUGGCGGCGGUGAUGGUGGCGAUGGCGGAGGCGGUGGCGAUGGUGGUGGCAGCGGUGAUGGUGGCUUUGGCGGCGGUGAUGGUGGCGGUGAUGGUGGCGGUGAUGGUGGCGAUGGCGGCGGUGAUGGUGGCGUUGGCGGCGGCGAUGGCGGAGGUGGUGGCGGUGAUGGGUGUUGAUAGUGGCAGCUGCGUUGGCGGCGAUGGUGGUGAUGGUAGCAAUGGCACUUCACACUCGGGCACCUAUCUUGCUUGACAUUGGGACAUGAUUAAGUAGGUAGAAAAACGAGGCAAUCACCUUUGGUGGGGAAAUAAAUGUUUACAAAAUACGGUGCAGUAAAAAUAGUCUGCCGUAAACACCGUGCUUCACAAGCUCGCAGAGAGAAAAGCAAUAACUCUAAAGCACCCAGCCUUGCCGGGGCCAUGCCGAGCCAGCCUGGCACCAGGUUGUUUUUCCACUGCAAAAGCCGAGCCAUGCUGCCGACGUAAGACAAAAUAAAUUAGUCAAUAACCCCGCCCCUGACCCUGCUUGCCCACCCCACCACCCCCCCCCCCACCACACCCUUCCCCCAAGCCAGAUUAAAAUGCGAGGCCAGUGGUUUGGUUCUGGCUAAGCAUUGGCUAACAGUGCAAAAAACCCACAUUGGGAGGGCCACUCGCUGGCGCGGCUCGGAUGUUUCAGUGGAAAAACCCUCUUUGAAAACCGCUUCCUGUAGAUCUCAUGCGCUGGUUGCACGAGAAGAGGGGGGCCCACAUUCUUCGGUCUUGCUGAAGCCUUGGAUGUAGGCCGUCGCAUGUGUCACGUUACCGUAAUCACAAUACAGGCUGCAAUUUACAAUUUCUUUUACAAAAUGUAUGACCUGUAAUCUAAUCGGUUAAGUUACACUUUAGAAAAAAAAUUUGUCCUUACAUUUUCAGUUUUUGAUGAAUGUUUAUAUUUUUUAAGAUUGUGUUUAAAAUCUGCGUCUGGUGCACUUUUAUUCCACUCGGUCAGACAGUGUGGCUUUCCUGUCACCUCUGUGCAAUGCAUGAGAGGCGGUAUAAAUCACAAGUGAAGGUGAUGACGAUGACAAUUGUAUAACCAAUGGGCCAACAGAAAGACGAAGACAAUUCUGUUAUGGAAACACAAGAGAAACAAAAUUUGUGAACCGAGGCCUUAGGUAAAGCGUCCAUCGUCCUACAGCGAACAAAUAAAAACUUAACGGCGUUUUCUCAGUGGGAGGUCGCUCAUUCUCCUCUGCUGUCUCCAGGGUCUGGAGUGCCCUUCCCUUAGCCGUCAAUGCCAUCAACUCCCUGCCCUGCAAGUCCAGGCUCAACACUUCCCUUUUUUUUCCUGGGCCCAUGACU